CUUUGGAACGUUUGGAUGGGAUUUACCCGUCUUAUCAUUAAAUACGACCCGGAACGAUCUGCGGCAGCCGCUUGGCUCCGGCAGCGGCAGCGUUGUGAACCAGUGCAGCACCUUCUCCACAAAACGUUGUGUUUGGGGGAGGGGUCCCGCUGGUGGGACUGGCCUGGUGACGUGCCUCUGUUGACAGUAGUAAAGCCUCCGCACCUACACGCCCACAGACACACACCGCCUCGGCCUCACACGCUCUCCCGCUCCCGCCGAGCUGUCAGCGAGCCACCGCCGCUCCAGGCUUCCUCCACCUGCGCGUCCUGUGCGCACCGCGGCGCCCCCCACCCUCCCUCCGCUCCGCUCUGCGCGUCCCGGCUGCGCGCACGUCCCGCCGCAUCUCCGGAGCUCCGACCGGGGCUGAGACCGAAGGCGAUGGCCUCCAAGGCGAUGGAGUGUCUGAAGCUGUCGGAGGAGCAGAUCAAAGUGCUGGAGGACUGUUUCAAAGGCUGCAAGCAUCCGGACGGGACGACGCUCAUGCUGGUCGCCGCGGAGUGCGGACUGUCAGAGGAGGACACGCAAAAAUGGUUCAGGCUACGUAACGCGCAGUGGCGGCAGGCGGAGGGUCUUCCACCUGAACUGGGCUCGGUGUUGGACUGAGACUUUUCGACCGCCUUCUGGAUGCCCCAAGCGCUGUGCUGACCCCCCCCCCCCUUCCUCAUACACACUCCCUCUUCAUCUCUCUUUUUGUAUCUACGGAAUGUGAAGGUGUUUGUGUGUUGUUGCCAAUUAGAACCGCCAUGUUUACUGAAAUAAACAUAUUGUUGUAAU